AUGAGGCGACCGAAAGCCUGUGCCACCUGUCGAGCCCGACGUCGCAAGUGUGUCAUCGAGCCCGGCCAAGAACGCUGCGAACACUGCAUCACACACAACACGGAAUGUGUCCAGGAGCUGCCUCGGGGCGGCUGGUAUGAACAGCGCGCCCUCCAGCAGAGCCAGCAGCCAUCCCAGAGUCCAACAAAUGGUCACCCGUCCUCGGGCGCACCGUCGCCCUCUUCUAUCCAGCUCGGGACGCCGCUCCCUGGGAUCGAGCUCAUCCUCGAGAUCGUCCACUUGUACUUUGACUACAUCCACGAUCAGUUCCACUGUCUCUUCCACCGUCCCACCUUUAUCCAAGAUGUCACCCAAGGCCACGUCCCGGAAGGGCUGCUCUUUGGCAUCCUCGGGCUCGCAGCCCGUUUCUGCACAAACCCGGCCCUUGGGGGCACGGAGCCUCGGGACAGAGGCCGCAAGUUCAUGCUCGAGGCCGAGAAGCGACUCAAUAUCCGGCACAUUCACCUCGACACGGUGCGCCUCGCCAUCCUCGUGGGCGCGGGCGCGACGGGCGAUGGCGACACAGAGGCUGAAAACAUAUUCUACACCGUUGCCUGUCGCAUGGCGCGGAUGCUGGGCAUGCCGCACCGCCCAGCUGCGAGCACCCUAGACAGAGAGAUAGAAAUACGAGUCUGGUGGUCGCUCUGCAUGAGCGACGUCUGGUCGUCCACGGCCGUCAAGCUGCCACGGUUGCAGCCCGUGGACGGCGACGGUGCCCCCUUGCCCUCGGACGACCUCCCCUUCCUCCACCUCCAGCGAGCCGUGACCACGCCCGCGCCUCUCCUCGAGCGCCGCUCCCCGCUCAUCAGCCAGAUGAUCCUCCUCAACCGUAUCCUCCUCGCCGUCAACGACUUCAACCAGGCCUGCGUCUCCUCGCCCCCCUCCCCCGUCGAGCUUGAGAACGGCGUCCAGCUGCUCGUCCACCAGAUGGAGUCCUGGCUCUCCAACCUGCCUCGGGACCUCCGCGACAACGCCGACAAUUUUCGCUGGUUCAACCUCCAAGGCCUCGGACGACCCUACGCCGCCGUCUACCUCGGCUACUACCACUUUGGCCAGCUGCUCUACUACCAGUUCCUCCACGUCGGCAACGGCGUCCCCGCCGGCUCCCCCGCCCGUGUUUACUCGGACCGCUGUAAAUACCACUCGGCCCAGCUCUGCGACAUGAUCUACCGCGCCGUCUUCACCCCCGGCAGCGACGUCCGCUACCACAUGGUCGCCCACGUCCUCGUCAUCGCCUCCACGGUCCAGAUACACACCCUGCUCUUCUCCGACGACGAGACCCAGAUCGCCGACGCCCGCCGCCGCCUCGAGAAGAACUUUGAGAUUUUACUCUUGCUCCGCCCCUACUGGCCCGCCCUCGACCGCAUCAUGGGCCGCCUCCGCGCCUUUCACGCCACAUGCCAGAACAACAUGUCCUCCAGCUUCGUCCUCGAUCGCUGGAUGCUGCAGUUUCUCGUCAACUUUGGCGGCAACAUGGACGAGAAGCCCGACGGGGCCGCCACCUCCCCCGAGCUCGAGGCCUUUUACAGUCUCGACUCGCUCAUGUCUUCGUCGUAUGAUUGA